AUGUCAAAAGCCUUGUUCACUGACACUGAGGACAAGGACCAGGACCAGCUUCCUGGACUUGUCAUCAUACUGCCCAAGUGGUCAAAGACCAUUGAACCUGUACCGGUGGCUUCACCAAAAUCAAAGAGAUCAACUCAAGGGGUCAAGAAGCAGUCUGAGGUCACCAUUGGCCCCAUGCCUGACAAAGGUGAAGGGAAGGCAAAGGCAGCCAAGAUCACUGACUUGCAAAGGCUAAUGCAGAGGCCAAUGUUUAUGACCCACCCUGCAAGAGCCACAUCAGCCCAGCAGCCUGCCCACACUCCCCUGAAAUCCAAGGCCACAUCAGCCUCCAAGCCCAGGGCACACUCAAGGAAUGCCAGAGCAACUUCUCAGGCAUGUCCAGCAACUCCCAUCUUGGAGUCCAAGGAGGAAGCAGUGAAGGACACAGAUGCCUUGGUUCCCGCUGCUGAAGCAGCUGACAUCAAUGCUGAUAUCAAUGCCAGGAAGCCCACCAACAUCAAUGCUGAGAUGCAGGAUGUGGUCACCAGCAAUCAGCCUGACCCCAUCGCUUUGGAAGAUGACUUCCCUGCUGACCAUUGGCUGGAACCCACCUCCAACAACAUGCCCUUGGGCAUCCCCUCCCCCACUCCUGCUGCCAACCACGUUUCCUUCCACUCGGCAUCUUUGCCACCAACCAUUAGCAAUGUUCACAAACAUGUCCUUGCCCUUGCUGCACAGGUUGCUGCCAUGCAAAUGGUCGACCAGGAUGCUCUCACCAGGGUCAAUGCUAUGGAGAGAGAUUUCGAGACCCACAUGUUGUCAAUGCAUGCGGAGUUCUCUCAGAUGCAGCAAGAUGUCGGCCACACUGUCACAGUUGUUGACAGCCUGGUCGGCUUGGUCAAGAAGCUUCACCUAGGCACACACUGCCAGCAAUCCAUCCUUCCUGGCACUGACCAUCAGCAACCUUGGUCCUACUGUGGCCACCAUGCAGGUGCAAGCCUUGGGCAUGGAGUUUUUGAACAGAGUCUUCUUGCCUUUUCAGUCAUCUUGAUGUCCAAGGCACCACCUUCACAUCCGGCCAAGCUGCCUCAGUCUCAGCACUUGCCAGUCCUUCAUUGGCUCCUCCUCAGGUUGGACCAUGUUCCUGCCUUGUCAUCACCUCCAUCUGCUGCAUGGUCUGUCCCUUAA